AUGGCGCAACAAAAUGACUCCAAAGUCACAAAUGCGGACGCGCAGUCAGCGUCCGAUCCCGUGAAUGCCUCAUCAAACUCUGAUCCGUCAUCCAAGGACUCGGGUGCUGAUAUGGCCGCGGGCUACGGCACGCGCUCCCGCAACAGAGGGGGCAAUGCCCGCAUUAACUAUGCUGAAGACAAGGACAUCGAUAUGGAUGUCUAUGACUACUACGACAAGAAGGACCAAGAUGUGCCCAAGAAGUCGUCGCGAAAAUCAGACGUCGCUGCAAAUGGCGACGGCGCGGCACGUGCAGUCGUUUCGCGACGAGCUGCAGCAGAAGAAGCCAGAGCAGUUGGUGCGUCAAAUCAAAAUGGCUCCAAGAGCUCAACACCGAGUGGUGUUGGCGUUGGCGUUGGCGGCGGUGCAUCUCAGGGCGCGCCAACAUCUGGCGCGGCGCAGGGUUCACGGAAACGAAAGGCAGCCGCCGCGAAUGCAGUCUCAACGAGAAAAGCAGGGCAGAUGGGACAGCUAGAGGGCACGCCGAUGCCAGAGACCAACAUGCUGACGUUUGAGAAUUGCAACCAUCGCCCGGAUGCGAAUGGGUGCAUGGUGGCUGACGAUGGGACAGUGUUGGAACCAAAUGUUUGGUUGGGUUGUUGCGUACCGAUCCUGCCAAUUGCACCAAGCGGCGCGGCCGGGAUCCACUCAUUUCGGGAGGACAGGGCCAAGGAGGCAGAACAAGGCAAUUUCACCAGCAUGCCGGCUAACCAAGGAGUCGCAGAUCAUGUGUACCUCGUGUGCGAACCGCCGGGGGAACCUUAUUACUUGGGACGCAUAAUGGAAUUUCUACAUGCGCAUGCAAAGGGCGAGUCGUCGAAGCGCGUGGACUCGGUGCGCAUUAACUGGUUCUAUAGACCAAAGGACAUUGGGCGCAAGAACACGGACACGCGGCUGCUCUUUGCGACUAUGCAUUCCGACAUCAGCCCUUUGACGGCCCUGCGCGGGAAAUGUCAGAUCCGGCAUCGCGUGGACAUCGACAACCUGGAAACGUACCGCAGAACACCCGACUGCUUCUGGUACGAAAAGCUGUAUGACCGAUACAUACAGAAGAACUACGACCUUAUCCCCACCUCGACUAUUGUCAACGUGCCCGACAAGGUCAAGAAGGUGCUAGAUGAGCGCUGGAAGUUUGUCUUGGUGGAGCAAGGGCGUGGCAAGGAGCUGACUAGCGCCGUGAAGCUCUGCAAGAGAUGCAGCGGCUACUGCGCAAGGUACGUACCUGUCGACGUCUCAUGCAUCGUGUACUCUCGAGCCUUGCUUGCAUACCAUAAAGAGAGAAAGCCCUCUCAUUACAACACGCCGAAUCUGGAGCCCCCAAGUCUGGAGUUGGACAUGCAUGCUCCACGUCUUUUGGCCACUCGUUUGCCCGUCGUCUAUGCAAUUGCAGCUGGCUUUGCAUUGCUUUCUCUGUCUGGCCUUCUCCCCCUGCGCUGUUCUUUCCUCUCCUUCCAUCCUAUUUGUGUCCAGAUACGUCUGGACCUGACUGGCUCAAACACCCCACCCACACCCACUUUCCGAACCUUGCAUCACUUCCUUCCUAGGCUUGGCUGUCUGUCUCCCAACUCUCGCACCCAUCCGUGCUGUGCUCCAGACAAACCACCACCCACCCCAUUUGUGACGCCACUGGCAGCGACAUGUGCCGCCGCCAUGCCAUGCCCUCCGAGCUGGUAUGCUCGCAAUGACUCGGUGGAUUGUGCAGUGUGUCAGAACACGUACCACAUGAAUUGUGUUAAACCACCCCUGCUCAAAAAGCCAUCCCGAGGCUUCGCAUGGUCGUGUGCAGCGUGCAGCCGAGCCCAGGAGCGCAAGCUCGAGGCUCGCAACACCCCUAAUGGCACUGACGCUAAUGGCGAUAUUGACGAUGAUGAUGCUCUGGAUGACGACGACGACGACAUGCCCGGUAUCAUCACCGACCGCACCACCCCAGCGGAUAACGAGGAGCAUCACCACGCCACAGCGGAGCAGAUUUAUCAAGCAAGUCUUUGGCCAUGGCGCUACCUAGGCAUGCACUGCAAACCGGAGGAUGCCCUUGAUUACGAUGACCGAAUCCACCCUCGCGCAAGCACAAGAAUUGGACCCCGACACCAAGCUAAUGUGGGUGUUUGGCCUGGUCGCCCGGUUGAAUAUGUGAAGCCGCUGGAGACGAGAAAGGGCAGGGGAGCCCCUAAAUUAUCCAAAGAAGCUCAAAUUGCUCAGGAAGCCGAGAAGGCGCUUCGGACCAAGCGACCCAAGUGGGUGCAGGAUGAACCACCUGGUUAUCAGGUUCGCGGAGAAGAUUUGGACGAGAAUGAUCCAGCCGCCACGUCUACGCGCCUUUGGGCGCCGCCACCCUCCGACACCGUCAGUAAUGAUGAUAUUGUCGGCUACAUGACCAAGGCCCAAGGCAUGGCGAAGAGAUUCAACAUUCCAGAACGAUCCACGAAUCUUCAAGACGUUGCGCUGGAGACAUUAUUCCGCCACGAUUAUGAUCCCGCUGCUGCUCUAAAGGCACUUUCAGACACCAAACGGGACUCAUUCAAGGAGCCGACCCUGACCCCGGCUGAGAUUAGGAAGUUUGAGGAGGGAGUAGCCAAGUAUGGGUCAGAGUUGCACCUGGUGAUGAAACAUGUGAAAACAAUGAGAUCCGGUGCGGUAGUACGGUGGUACUAUACCUGGAAAAAGACCGAGCGGGGCAGACAGGUCUGGGGGUCUUACUCUGGCCGUAAAGGCAAGAAAUUGGCCAAGAAGGAAGAAACUGCUGCCUCAAAGGCGGCUGAUGAUGUGGCUGACGCUGAUGACGAUUCGGCUUUCGACACAGAAAAGGCCCUCGUUCAGAAACGCAGCUUCAUCUGUCUGUUUUGCGAGUCGCAAGACUGCCGACAAUGGCGUCGAGCACCCGCCAGUCAAGGUCCCCUUAGCGAAAAUGGAGGCAGGGCAACCAGCAAGGACAAAGGCAACCAGUCCGUGGUGGCUCUGUGCCGACGUUGUGCUGAGCUGUGGCGCCGAUAUGCUGUUCGUUAUGAGCCACCGGAGGAAUUGAUCAAGAAAGCUGGUCAAUCCGGAGCCAAGAUUUGGAAGAAGAAGCAGGAGGAGGAGCUUCUCAAAGAGAUUCAGAUUGCGGAGGAUAUGGGCUUGAUGAGCCCUUAUCGUAGCUCCACGCCAGCUGCUUCGGUCAACGGGUUGGAGCCGCCUAGAAAGAAACUAAAGGGGGCACCAGAAAGAGACACAGAUGCUGCAGUCUCGGAUGCUGGAAGCAAUACUACCGUCUCACGAAAGAAGGACAAGACCGCGGAAACUACACCUGUUCCCGACUUGCCAAAACCACGAACUCUUCCCUGCGCUAUUUGCGACCAGAUGGAGCCUCUGGGCGACCAACAUCUCUCCUGCAGAGAGUGUCGCUUGACGGUGCAUCGUCACUGCUAUGGUGUCAUGGACCAUCGGAUUCAAGGCAAGUGGAUUUGUGACAUGUGCUCGAAUGACAAGAGCCCACAAGUCUCAAUUCAAUACAAGUGCGUCUUGUGUCCAGUUGAAUACACCGAACAAGACUUCAUUGAGCAGCCCAAGCUCACACACCAUAAGAAGAAGAUGUCCGACAAGGAUCGCGAGCGUGAGAGACUGGAGGUCCAGCAGGCGCGGAAGGCUGCUGAGUUCUAUCGCAAGAGACAGGAAGAUCUCAACAGGCCUGUUAACCCUCGAGAGCCACUCAAGCGCACGGCUGAUAACAACUGGGUUCAUGUUACCUGUGCAGUAUGGACCCCUGAGGUCAAGUUUGGUAAUGCCAAGGCGUUGGAACCGUCCGAGGGUAUCCCGUCAAUUCCCCGUGCUAGAUAUGAUGAGGUUUGCCAGGUCUGCAACCAGCAAGGGGGUGCUUGUGUCUCUUGCCACCAAUGUCGGAUACCUUACCACGUGGAGUGUGCUCGCCAGGCAGGCCACCUUCUUGCAUUCGACAUCACACCUGUGAAGAGUAGCCGUCGCGAUCAGUUCAACAUUGUGACGGUGAAGGGAGAGAUCGGAAUUAUGUCGGCCGUACUAUGGUGCCAAGAUCAUAUUCCCACCAAGACGAUAGCUCACAAGAUGCAUGAUGUCGUCAACGAGUCGGGACUAAGCGCACUACAGCUUUACGUUCAAAAUUACAAGCAGGCAGACCUGACGCUGACGGGCACUGUGCGCAAGGCUAAUCUUAUGAUGGCUGCUGCCAAAAUGUCCGGCCUUCCUCUUGUGCCGGGUGCUCGACGGACGUCGACUAGUACAACAACAACAGCAGCAGCUCCAAAUGGCGCGUCGAGUCAUUCGCGCAAUAGACAACCGAUUGACGCAGCAACGAAUGCUCAACAGCCCGGAGAGAAGGUGUGCAUUACCUGCGGCAUUGAUGUGACGCCUAGAUGGUGGCCGAUUGAGAAAACACAGGAACGACAACUCACAAAUGGACACCAUGGUGCGAUUGGAUUCGAGGCACAGAAGUUUGUCGAGCAACGCAAGUUUCAAUGCCACAAGUGCAAGAAGAAUCCCCGAACGCCCAAGUCAUUUGCUGCUGCACGUCCAUCGCCUCCACCAGUUGCAGAGCCUCCCCGACAGCAUUUGGGCGGACCACACAGCCAAGCACCCGCACCACCAUCGCUGCGAAGCCCUUCACGAGUACUCUCUGCGGAUUAUCGAGCAGCUCCUUUGCGUCCAGAAAUCCAUUCACUACUGCAUCAUCCAUCAUCCCAUGCUCCGCCACCACCUGGCCCGCCAGCAGCUCAUGGGCCACCACCCGGAGGACAUCCCGCCACACACUCGCAGGCGCAUUCGCUCGGCUCUCGGCCUGGGCCUGUAUCUCAUGGCUAUCCCCAAGUACCACCUCCAAGAACAACGUACAACGAUUGGGGGAGCCAACACGGCUCGCCGACUCGACAUAUUAAUGGAGGACCACCACCACCACCACCACUUCACAAUACUGGACCACCUCCAGCAUCAGGUCUUACAGCGUUACGACCACCGUCUAUGUCGGGGCCACCCCCAGUGGCCGCAGUCUCUGUACCACACCAGCGUCCACAUGGCUCCCCGGUAUAUGGAAGCGCAUUGCCCCCCUCACCGCGACGACUAAACGGAACGACCGCAUCGUCUGCUUAUGUGCCCCCAUAUGGGAGCGCUCCUGCUGCGGCGCAUGCUUCGGGUCCACGGCAUAGUGCUUCUCCAGGCUUAAGUAACGGCGUAUUACCUCCUCGAUCAGAAGGAUUCUCACAUGGACUACACCCACAACGGCCGUCCUAUGCUGGCGGCACACACGGCAGUCCUCCACUGGCUCGAAGUGGUCUGGCUCCGCCAGGUGGACCACCGCCUGCUGGCCAUGAAUCAGCGCACUCGGCUAGCGGGCUUGGAAGUCGACCCCCGGAAAAUAGACCGGCCAGCGGGGCAAGCGCAAGCCCAUCGCUACGGAAUUUGCUUUCGUGA